UUCCGGAAGUCGAAACCGCCCAGCGCGCCACCUACUACAAUGUGCCGCCAUUUUCUUUUUUCCGUUUUCCGGCAUCCGGCCGGCAUUUUUAUCCUCAUUACUCUCGUGCGUGGUGGCAGAAUUUUGUGUUGUGCUCAAUUAAAAUCUAAUCGUAGUUUUAGCAUCCUUUUAUUUAUUCAUAUUUAAUUAGCAGUACGAGAUUUUUAUUGAAAUUACACGUUUUAUUUGCAAUAUAGGUGAAUACAUUUUUUUUGCUGAUUUCCGUGACGACAAUCAACAAAUUUAUGUACAAUAAAUGUACGUAUUUCUUUUUCGGAUUACGAGGGCAAAUCAAAAAUUGUCUAUUUGAAUCUUUGGCGAAUCCUGAACAUUAAUUUAUCGUUUGCUGUAUAGCCCUGAACAGAAUAAAACUGAAACGGAACGCCAGCACGAGAUAGAAAAAGAGGGAAGUAGGUUUCUCGCCACCAUUUCACGCCACCGUAUCUCGCCAUCCUUUCUCGCCAUCGUUUCUCGCUACCGUUUUUCUUUCAAGGAUUGUUUUAAAACAUUCUGGAUUCAAACUUGUUUGUAAUGACCAUUAUGGUCAUCGUCAACUGUAUAUGAUCGCCAGCGUUUCUCGCCACCCUUUGUCGCCACCCAAUGUCGCCACCAUUUCUUGCAACCGUAUCUCGCCAUCCUUUCUCGCCAUCGUUUCUCGCUACCGUUUUUCUAUCAAAGAUUGUUUUAAAACAUUCUGGAUUCAAACUUGUUUGUAAUGACCAUUAUGGUCAUCGUCAACUGUAUAUGAUCGCCAGCGUUUCUCGCCACCCUUUGUCGCCACCCAAUGUCGCCACCAUUUCUUGCAACCGUAUCUCGCCAUCCUUUCUCGCCAUCGUUUCUCGCUACCGUUUUUCUAUCAAAGAUUGUUUUAAAACAUUCUGGAUUCAAACUUGUUUGUAAUGACCAUUUAGGUCAUCGUCAACUGUAUAUGAUCGCCAGCGUUUCUCGCCACCCUUUGUCGCCACCUUCUUGCCACCGUUUCUCGCCACCAUUUCACGCCACCGUUUCUCGCCAUCCUUUGUCGCCAACGUAUCUCGCCAUCCUUUCUCGCCAUCGUUUCUCGCUACCGUUUUUCUAUCAAGGAUUGUUUUAAAACGUUUGGAAUAUUUGCCAGGAGACAAAGAAAAUGAAGCGAAAGAGGCAGUCAAUAACAUUAAAGGAUUUUCUACCUUCUUCAUCUACUUCUUUAAAUAAUACUUCAAAUUCUUCAAAAUGUCCUGCUACUGCUGCAUGUGGGAAUAGUUCGAAUAAAAAUAAGGAAAAUGCGAAACGACGUCGUGCCGAUAAAGAUAAGAAGGAUACCAAUUUAAAGAAGACUAAGAAAGAUGAUUCUUUGGAAAAGAAUAAAAAGAAAGUUACUAAAAAGAGAACGGCGAACAAUGAGGAAGAUGAAGAACCUCCUAUGGAUGAGAGAAAAAGGAAGCGACUCAAACGAUUGGGAACUCGAAAGUCAACUGUCAAAAUAUUCUUGGGCACCAUAUGUAAAUCAAAUGCCGUAAAGGAGAGAAUAAUUGAAGAUGCGAAAAUAAUAUCCAGAAUGAGAAUAGAAGUCUCUUUGAUGGCGUUGCAGUCUCUUUAUCAUGACACAAAUCAUUAUUUGCUUGAAAAGUGGACGAACGAUGGUCCCAAUUAUUUAGAACUCUUUAUUGCGUUGAAAAGAAAAAUAAAUACUCAAGUUGUUCGAGAUCCUCAGUUUGUAGCGCUAAUCGAAGAAUAUAAAGUGACACGUGGCAAUAUGCCACUUUACGAUUGUGAAUAUCGUACGUCCAUUAUUCAAGAAGAAGCCCGUAAAAUGAAUCGUGAAUUUAAAACAAGUUUCUUGAAACAUUUCGAAACUAGAUUGACGAGAUUGGUUCAACAUCUUUUGUCAUCUAAAGAUAAUGCUUCAAACUCUGAUGCUUCAAAUUCUGAUGCUGCCGAUGACGCGGAAGAAGAGAAAAUUGUGAAGGAUGCUCUUGAUGAUGAUGCGGAAGCUGAGAGAAUUUUAAAAAUGGCAAGACGAGAGAGACGCAAUAAUAAGAAGCGAAGGAAUCGCAAAAAAUUCAAAGCAAAACGUCGCAAGCUAAAAAAGAUUGAAGCAACAGCAGCAUCGAGAGAAGAAAAUCAUCGUAGGACUGCCAAGGAAAUUGCAAAUUUGAAAAUUCAAGAAAGAAGAGAAAAUCGUGCCAAGGACAAUUCACAUCGUGAUAAAGUUUUUUCAAAGCGAAAAACUCGAAAAAGAAGAAAACAUCCAAAAACUCAUGGGAAGAGAAAGGAUAUGGCCUUAAAGAGUAGGUGGUCGAGCUCUGCAAGUAGAAUUCGCAACAACACUUUUAGCACGAGAAAAGAAGCUAUUCAAGUUGUUGAAAAUCUUCUCAACAACAAUAAUUGCGACAUUGCCGAAUUUAAUAAUUUUCUGAAUCCCCAAGAAGAGUUAAACUUUCAAAACAUGAAACGAGACGUAAACGACGAUGGUGAGGAAGAUGAUCGCAAUUCUGAAUGGACAAAAUUCAUUCCAUUCAUGAUACGUGUUCAACAAUACUUUCACGACAACAAUAUUCACAAUUUUGUUCUUGUACCGCAAGCUCAACUCGGCAUUGCACAUGUAUUGUAUUCCAAUACAGGUCUGGAAGAUUUAAAGAGGGGUGCUGAGCAGGAUGUAUUUUUGAAAAAAGAAUUGCAGAUAAGGCGGCAGUCAAUUCCUUUUCAACAGAAGCAACUCCAAAUCAAAGAGGCCAAAACUUGCAAGAAUGUAGAAAUCAAUCGAUUUUUACAAAUCAAGAAUAAAAUUCAAAGAUGGGAGUACAUUUUUGACAUUUCCAGCGCGGAAAGGGGCAAAGUUGGUGCAUUUGCUGAAGUGAUGACAACAAAUGGCGUCGAUGCUUCAAUAAUAUUUAAUGUUCCAAAAAUGGAAUCUGUUGAAGAAAAGGAAGGCCCUGCUCCGGAAACUCGUUUCAAAGUCUUUUAUGGUUUCGAUCCCGGCAAGAAGGCGACAUUGGGUGGUGUAAGAAGAGUUCGUGGUGCACAACCGUCAAUGGAGGACAAAUUGAAGGAUAAUCACAUUUAUUUAAAGAGCAGCAGUUUUCGUUGGCAGAUGAAUGAUUUCAGAAGAAGGGAAAGGAAAAAGGAAUUUGGUCUGGAUCUUCAAAAAUAUUAUAAACAGUAUGUGCUUGAAAAUCCAGAAAGAAUGGCAAAUUUUUCAAAUACAUCCUUAUUAAUUCUUAUUAUCACUAUUGAUAAGAAUCAAUAAUGAGGAGAGGGAUUUUUUUUAAUUUUUCUUAACGUUUUAUUUUUUCAAUUUUUAACAAUUUUCAAUUACUCUAUUUCAUUUUUCUUUAACAAUACUUUUUUACCAUAGUUUUUCUUUUUUUUAUUUUGAAAUUCAAAUAAUAAUUCUAUUUUAAAUUCGAUCCAAACAUAACCCUAACAAUAAACAAGUAAAAUAUGAUACUGCCAGCGAUGUGUCACUCGUUGUGAAAAGAGCUGAUAUAAUUCAUAGUAUGUUUAAAAAAAUGCGAAUAUUUCAUGCCAGACACUGUGCGGCAACAGAAAAAAUUUUCCUUCAUUGUUCACAGAAAACAAAAAUUUAUAAAAUAUUUUUUUACUCCAAUUAUAAAUAAAUUAAAUUUUACACCGUUUCGUUUCGAGGAUUUUUGUCAUUAUACAUUUAUACAUAAUUCAUUGUUCUAUAAUAUUUGACCUUUCUGAAUUUAAAAAUUGAAAUUAAUUGUUAAUAAAGAAUCUCGUUAUUCCAACA